AUGGGAGUGUGUCAGAAUGCAAUGUUCCUCAGAGAAUACAGUGGAAGCUGCAUGGACACCAGAACAGCAGUCGAAGCGGCUGGCUUUCUCCUCAUGUCAAUUGUUAGUAUUCCAGCUAAUCUGAUUAUCAUUUGCUCCUUUCUGCUGACUGCAGACAAGCUCCUAACUGCUGACACCAUCCAUUGCCACCUUGCUCUUGUCAAUCUAAUGAUGGCUUUCACCCGCAGUGUCCCACAGACGCUUAAUGCCUUUGGCCUCAGGCCACAGCUCAGUGAUGUUGGUUGUAAAUUGAUCUUCCUCACUUUCCGGUCAUCCAGAGGUCUUUCAAUCAGCUUUACCUGCUUACUCAGCACCUACCAAGCUGUGUUGGUCUCACCUGCCACAUCCUGGCUAGCCCCUCUCAAAACAAAAAUACCCCAAUACCUCCUGUACAUUAUUGGAUUUCUCUAUGUACUGUACUGCACAACAGACAUCAGCACAUGCAUCCACAUUGUCUCCAGUUUUGUCAAUAAUACCAUUCCCCCAUAUACUUUUAAUCUAGGGUACUGCUUUGCCCCUUACCCUAGUUUUACUGCCUAUGUUGGAAUUGGCCUAGGGGUCAUGCUAAGGGACCUUGCCUUCAUAAUUCUAAUGGCAGUCAUGAGUGGAUAUAUUCUGUGCCUCCUCUACCAACAUCACAAGAAAGUCAAAGGCCUUCGUAGCUCAGAAAGGAGCCAACCCAGAGGCCGAGCAGAAACCAGAGCGUCCAGAGCAGUGGUCACCCUAGUGGUCCUCUAUGUCAUCUUCUUUGGGGUAGAUAAUGUCAUCUGGAUAUAUUCUCUUACUUUUCUGAGGGUAUCCCCAAUUAUUUCUAACAUCCGAGUAUUCUUUUCCAUUCUUUACAGCUCUUUGUGCCCAGCUGUGGUCAUCAGCACCAACCCAAAAGUGAAAGCCAGGCUGAUGAGAGUCCAAGUAAAGAGAACGAACAGCUCCAUAGAGACUGUUACAUCUCAAAUAUAGUUGGACUAGCCUGGCAUAAAGUCAGUGGGUCCAGUAAUUGAGUGACUCUAGGGAAACAGUAACCAAACUUCAGUUCACUAUUGAAAGUAUCCUGACUGGAUGCAUCACUGUUGUGGUUUGGUAAACUGACUUGCCAGGAUUAC